AUAACCGUUAAAUUAAAUUCUUCCUCAUCGUUUUCUUAUUUCAUAACUUUCUCUCACUACGAAGCUCUCAACAAUGGCGAAAGUUUUUCCACUCCUCAUCAUCUUCUUCUUUACACCAACUUUCACUUCUCAUUCGCUCAUUUAUGCCGUUGAAGUUCCUUCCAGCUCAUCUUCAUCCACAAUUUUCACAAUCUCACCUGCACAAUCUCCUUCAUCAUUGCCGUUACUUUCUACUUCCGAAAACCUAAAGUCACCUGAAUUUCUCUCUCCUCUCUCCUCCAUUGCUAAAAUCCUCAUUGAACUCGGCUUCCAUGACUUCGCGAGAGCUAUUCACUCACUUUCUCUCUCCUCUGACUUACAUGUUCCAUGGUAUGGACCUCUUACGAUCUUUGCGCCUUCAGAUUCUUCGGUGCGAACUUGUUCGAAGUGUUCGCUCACAGUUCUUCUUCAAGAACACACGGUUUCAGGUUUGUACUCCUUUGAUUACGUUAGUCGCUUCAUCUUCGGCACGAAAAUGGAGGCGAUUCUUCCCGGUCGUUGCUUAACGGUAACUGCCGCUAUUAACAGAGGUAACAAAAUUUUCAUUGGAGGUGCUGAAAUUACUCAACCUGAUCUUUACGUCAGUGAUCUCCUCAUCAUCCAUGGUGUACAAGGCUUUCUCUCUCACCUCUCGCCGUUUUCUUGCGCCAUUGAUAAGAUGACGUCACUUUCGCUUCCUCACGUUUCUCCUUCAACUGCAUUCACUCGCAUUAUGCUCACUGACGCUAUGAUUCGACUCAGAAUGAGUGGAUACAGUGUACUUGCUCUUGCAAUUAAAGUCAAAUAUCUUGAACUCGCUACCCUCAAGAAUAUGACGAUCUUCGCUGUCGAUGAUUCCUCUAUCUUUCAUGGUGGACAUGCUUACGUUCACACAAUAAGGUACCACAUCAUCCCGAACAUGGUAUUGAAGUUCACUGACCUAGAAAAUCUUCCGCAAUCGAAGAUUCUUCCGACUCUUGAAGCCGGCGAAACUAUCACUAUCACAACUCCUGGAGGUGGAGGGUUUUUGUCUCCGUUGAGGAUUAAUUACGUGAAAAUUAGGUAUCCAAAUCUCAUCAUUAAUUCUAAACUUGUAAUUCAUGGAAUCUCAACUCCUUUUCCUCAUCUUCGUCAGUCAAUUUCUGUUGGUGGAAGUUCUGAAGUUCAUCCGGCUAUUACUAGCGAAUUUGGUACUGAUGCAAGGGAUUUAACUAUUGAGACUACUACUAGUCCAUCUGGGAUGAAAACACCAGUGGAAGAAAAGGAUUAUGCUCAUCAAGGCCUUUGAUAAUCAUCUGAAUUUGAUAAUUCAAUAUUGAUUCUGGAUUUUAGUGACCCUGCUUUGGAUUAAUCAUUUUUUUCUUGAAGUACAGCUAAUAGUAUCUUGUGGUUUCAAUUUCAUCAGUGUAGUCUGUGCCUAAUUUCUAGUUGAGAAAUUACUAUACUAAUGACUAUUAGUGACUAGUGCACCAAGUACAGGUUGCAAACUUCCUUAUGAUGGCAAAGAACAGGAAUAAAACAGAAUGCAUAUGUAUGUAACAAUCCAAGAAACAGAGAUGAUCAGAUGGAAACUGAUCUUGAAUAAGACUCCUACAGUUUCACUCACUGUCAAGCCUUAUCCUCUUGAUUCCGAGCUUCCCUCACUUAGAACGUUUAAGGAAAAACUAAGAAUGUAUUGUUGUUUACUCACAAGA